AUGUUCGAAGGUAAUCUGUAUUCCCUAAUGAGCCGAUUAGAUCUGACUAAGAAGGCUGGUUUUAUAUCAAAUUCUCAAUUAGAACUCCCACAAUAUAAUUUGCACAAUAAUGUUUCCGAAGAAGACUUCUAUAAAUAUGCUAAUGUUGAAAAUGAAUUGGAAGUUCCCGAUCCAAUAUAUAGGUCGGUAUCAAGGGAAUCUAAUGGACAGCUUGAUAUACCAUUAAAGCAAUUCGAAUCUCGGUCAUCAUUUUCAUAUUCGGAUAAUAGUAUCAGAGACGACGAAAAGAAGUACAAGCGGUCUUCAUUGAUAUUUUUGGGUAUUUCCAUAGUGUCUGCCAUUCUUAUUUUGGCAUUUGAGCUGUAUAUGUAUGCCAUUAUUAACAUUCAUAAGCAGAAGAUGGAUCGACCUGCCAAGUACGUUGAGAUAUCUAUAUAUCUAUCGUUUUUCAUCUUCGCAGCCAUAUACCAAGUUUUGUUGACCGUAAUAGGGCUAAAGAGCAAAAACAUGUUGUUAUUGACCAUGUUAUGUGGAUUCUAUGCAUGCAUGUUAAUAUAUACGGGAAUUCAGUACAGUGAAAUUUCCGAGACCGUUGGCCUAGUGUUAGAGAGGGGGUGGAAACGGGCCACACAGGCGAUGAAUAUAGCUACGAUCGCUGUCAUUGGUGUUACAUUGGUUUUGCAAGCAUACAUGAUAUUUGUGGUAUUGAAGAAAAACGUUAAAUGGUUUAGAUAUAAGAAAAUUGGUGCUGACUUAAAAAUCAAAAAAAUGUACACUACAUUCCAAAUUCACAGAUCACUAUUAAUAUUCAACUUCUUUUUCUUCUUAGGGUUUACGGUUCAGUUCAUUGUGAUUAUGAUCAAUGAAAAGAGUUCGGUGGAAUUCAUAUUGACCGUUUGUGUAUUACCCUUGACUUUGAUCAUAUUAUUCCUUAGUGAUGUCGCAGCUACAAGAGAGUCUAAAAUACUAAUAACCGUUAGUAUUAUAACAUACGUAGGUGGGUGUGUUUAUGUAUUGUUCAAAACAAUAAGAUUAUUUACUAAGUAUUCUUCUGCAUACCAAAUAGCGAUCAGGCCGGGUGACUAUUUUCCUGGCAGGUCGUCUUUGGUCACAUUCGGCGUUAUUACCCUAGUUUUGUUAUUUGCCACCAUCGCCAUUGAAAUUAUCUUAUUCAAAAACUACGGUAGAGGGUUGCUUCCGAUAGUAAAUAAGUCUUACAGAUGGUUGCCCGGGUAUAGUAGGAACAUUCAUAAUGACAACUACAUGGUGCAUAAAAAUGGUGUUGAUUUAGAUACAACAGAAAAGAAUUUGGGAACGGAAUAUAACGGAAUACUGUCUCAAGAUCUUGCAUCGAAUGACGACGGAUCUCUACUUAUAGAUUAG